CUCUGCAGGGUGAGGAGGAAGUGAUGCUCUGCAGGGGGCGGGGCCAUCAGGAGGAUAUAAGGAGAUCCCGCGGCUUCUCCUCCCGCCCUCUGCAUCUCCCGAGCGCCCGGAACACAAGCCUAAAUCGUCGCCAUGUCUGCCGGAAACGCCAAGAUCGGUAAACUGGCUCCUGACUUCACCGCUAAGGCCGUAAUGCCCGGCGGAGACUUCAAAGACCUGAAGCUGUCGGACUAUAGAGGAAAGUACGUGGUUUUCUUCUUCUACCCCUUGGACUUCACCUUCGUCUGCCCCACGGAGAUCAUCGCAUUCAGCGACCGCGUGGAAGAGUUCACGAAGCUGAACUGUGAGGUCAUCGGGGCGUCCGUGGACUCGCACUUCUGCCACUUGGCCUGGACAAACCUGUCCCGUAAGGAAGGCGGUUUGGGCCCCAUGAAGAUCCCUCUAGUGGCCGACACUUUGCGCACAAUCUCUCAGGACUACGGCGUCCUCAAGGAGGAUGAGGGAAUCUCCUACAGGGGUCUCUUCAUUGUGGACGAUAAAGGGAUCCUGCGCCAGAUCACAAUCAAUGACCUCCCGGUGGGCCGCUCCGUGGAUGAGACCCUGCGGCUGGUCCAGGCCUUCCAGCACACAGACAAGUACGGUGAAGUCUGCCCGGCCGGAUGGAAGCCCGGAAGUGACACCAUCAAACCCGACGUCCAGAGGAGCAAGGAGUAUUUCUCCAAACAGAAGUAAAGGCCGGCGGUGCUGCCCGUCAUAGUCGGUGCUGCCCGUCAUAGUCAGGGUCUCCUCCCUGUAUAGAAAGCGUUAAUGUAUUUUAGGACUGUUUUUUGUAAUUCCCAUCCUGGAGGCGCAGAACAUCCCCCGGCCUGCAGGUGGCGGCGCGUCUGUGCUGUAACAUUCCUGGAAGUUUUUGUAAGAAAAAAGUAAAUUAAAAACUUCUCACUUGAA